AUGGAUGAUGCCGCAGUGCUCAAAAAAAGAGGCUACAUCAUGGGAGGAAAUUUAGGAGAAGGGUCUUACGCAAAGGUGAAAUCGGCCUACUCGGAACGCCUGAAAUUUGAUGUAGCAGUAAAAAUCAUUGACCGGAAGAAAGCUCCUCACGACUUCUUGGAAAGAUUUCUUCCAAGAGAAAUCGAUAUCUUGGCCAAAGUGAAUCACCGAUCCAUCAUCAAAACCUACGAGAUCUUUGAGACGUCCGACGGGAAAGUUUAUAUUGUGAUGGAGCUCGGAAUGCAAGGUGACUUGCUGGAAUUCAUCAAGACCAAAGGGGCGAUGCCAGAAGAAAUAGCCCGCAAGAUGUUCCGUCAAUUGUGCUCUGCUAUUAGGUAUUGCCAUGAUAUGGACAUUGUCCACCGGGACUUGAAAUGCGAAAACCUCCUUCUGGACAAAGAUUAUCAUAUCAAGCUUUCAGAUUUUGGCUUCUCCAAGCGUUUGGCUCGUGAUGAAGAUGGUAAAGUUAUCCAUAGCAAAACCUUCUGCGGUUCUGCUGCUUACGCAGCCCCCGAAGUGCUGCAAGGCAUCCCCUAUGACCCCAAAAUUUAUGAUAUAUGGAGUCUCGGCGUGAUUCUGUACAUAAUGGUCUGUGGCUCUAUGCCUUACGAUGACUCAAAUAUUAGAAAAAUGCUCCGGCUUCAAAAGGAACACCGAGUGCAUUUUCCCAAGUCCAAAAACCUGUCAACUGAAUGCAAAGAUCUUAUUUAUCGCAUGCUGCAACCUGAUGUGAGCCGGCGUCUGCGCAUCGAAGAGGUUUUGAUCCACAUUUGGAUGCAGACCUCCAAAUCCAGAGGGCUUUCGACAACUUCUGUCGGAAGGAACGGAGAGUGCUCCCGGACGGUGUGCGUACUGAAGUCAGACCACAAAGCGGAACUGGAUCAAAGCCACAAGUCUGAGGUCAAAACACCGGCGAAGUUGGAAGCAGUGGCAGAAGGCGAGGAAAUGGACCAAGGAAAUGUUGGCGAGGUAGUGACUCAGAUGGAGAAAAUAGAAAUCUAA